UUUUUUUUUUUUUUUAUUUUCUCUUCCAUCAUUCAGUCUCUUUGAGAAGAGGAAAAAAAUAUCAGACCCAUUUCUGCUUUGUAGUGGCGAUGACUUAGACCUCCCAUACUUCUAGGUCUUCAUCAAUCUCACCACUUUCUUUAUCUCUUUGAAACUCUCACUUUUUUCUCUCUAAUCUACUAUGUGUAGUGGGUUUAAAUUUCUUGGAUUGGAGGAUCUGAGUCAGACCCAUUUGGGUUUCUUUUACUUUUUUAUAAUAUUUUAAUUCUCCGGCGACUCUGAAACGGAAAAAAAAAAAAAAAAAGGAAUCGAAUUUACUUCGGGGUCUUUUAGUAUUUCGAUUAUUGUUCCCUAUAUGCGGUGAUUUGGAGGAUUUGCGGCCGAAUAACCCAUUUCUGUUUUUCAGGAUGUCUGAAUCCUGCUGCUCAGCUUUGUUUCUAGCUCUACCAGACGAUGUAUUUUCCAUUAUCACUCGGAUCCUCUCGCCGAGAGACAUUUGCAGUCUAGCUCUGUGUUGCCGUAGUUUAUCUGCCCUUGUUGCCUCUGAAAAGGUCUGGUUUGCCCAAUGUGAAAUGGUUGGAAUUGUGUCCCAUGGAGAGCUCAUUGAGUGGCGCGAGGCCGUGUCAUCUUACAAGGCUCUUUGCCGCUUUCUCUACUGUGUUCAGCCGUUGAUGGGAAUCUGGGUUCAUCAGAACCCUGAGCUUGGGAAUGUUGUCUAUGUCAUGCCCGGUUUUGUUUCUGUUGUUGGGUGCCGCAUAUUACCUCAGGAGCUUGGCCCAUCAGGUAUUGAGGAGGACCCUAUUCUUUGGGCUCCUGUAUUUGAGGUUUUGGGUGAUUGUGAUGGUUCUACAGCAUUUUUCUUACAUGGAAGGGAGAAGGGAAAAAGCUAUUUGUAUCCCGGUUCUGUCAAGCCUGCCGAUAGGACCUGCAAUGUGCUAUUGCUUGAGGUUGAGCCUAGACUGCGCAAAGAUGGGGGUAAGUUGUUGUAUAGCAAGAGCUUUGUUCAACCAGACAAGGAGCAAUCAAGAAAGAUUAGCAGGUCGAAUGGUAGAUCGUCAAGGUCACAAAGGAACUUGCAGAAUGAGGCCACUGUGUCCUUCAGUCGAUUGGCUUUCAGUGAUAGAAGAAAGUUGCUCGAGAUUGUCACAAGCCAAGUUCGUUUGGAAGUGCCUCAAACAGCAAAUGGGCCACUUUUUCCUCCUAUGAGGGCUGAUGGAGAGAACUAUCAUAAGGAUAUGAUGCGGUUAUGUGAACGAAGAUCCAUACUUGUUCAAAUGCAUAAGACUGGUGGAGAUCUCAUUGAUUGGAAUACGGACACUCAGUUGUCAUCUGAUCCUACACAGCUGGAAUUGAGUGAGAUCAGAAGAAGUUUUGAUAGAUCAAGUGGUUUUCAUUUUUCUAACAAUGAAGAUGAUGGACGUACACAAUGCAAAAGUAGAAAAACUAUUGGUAGGUAUUUUAGGGAUAGCAUUAGUCAGAUCCUGGGGAAGUCUACCUCAAUCAAUGGUAACCAUGCAACUUCAAAGAAUAGUUCUUCGAGCAGUGAUAAUAAGUAUGCACAGCUUCAUGAGUUUCUGAGAUCAGGUGAUACAAUAGGACUGACACUACAACCCUCCAAUGUUAGGUUAUCGUCUUAUCGAGCAUGGCCAAAUAUGCAUGACAGCCGGUUUGCCCUUUACAAGUUGCCCAUGCGAGUUCCAACUGCUGAGCAAGAGUUUGCUGGUUUAUGGGGAGGAACUUUUGGCUGGCCUCCUGGCAGGCCUACCGAAGAAAAGCCUGGAAAGGCUUUGUUCUUUCUUUUGCUUUCAUAUGAGAAAUCUGAGGGGCAGAGAAAUCUCAUUGCAACCAAAAUAUUGGAAGGCACCCAUUAUGUUCUACAUCCUAAUGGUUCAGCAAUGUUUAUGGUGAAUAUCGACGAGCCUUCACCAGAUUCAUUUCCAUGGGAUAAAGAUGGAGAUUCCCUUCCUGUGAACAUUAGGCAUGCUUUUCUUGGGGAGGGUAUUGCAAAUGGGUAUGGCUUCAGAUAUCCAGGCUCAAAACCCGGUUCUCUCUUUGUAUUUGAAAAUGGGAACCUUGCCUUCAUCUGGAAGGAGUCAAAGGCUGUCCUAACCCUGCAAAGACUUAACUUGCAAGAGCUUUUGAGGAAAGGAGAAGAAGUUGCUGCUCUACCUCCAAUUGCCAACUUUUCAUAUUUGACCAAGUCAUACUCAAAUGUUUUUGCUGGCAUCCCAAAUACCUCAAAUUGUUUGUCUUCAGCAAGGUUUGCCGUAGUCCCUUAAAAGAAACUCUUAUAUAUUUUCUCAUCUCCUCCCCUCCCCCUUAAAUAAAUAGAAUCAUCUCUGUCUUACAUUAUUCAUUGAGCUAUCAAAGUUGUCAUUUUAAAAAUAUAUGUUUUAGCUAAACAUGUUUCAUUAUUUAUGGUGGUUAACCCUUGGUGGGAUUGAAUGAAAGGCUAAUAAUUUUGUAAACAGCUAUAAGAGUUUGAGAUGUGAAAGUUCGAUGCAACCUUAAAUGC